GCUCAGUGGGCAACCUGAAUACCAUUAUAAAGAUAUAAAAACGGGGUUUUAAUUAAGCACUGCAGAGUCAAACCAUUUUACUUGAUUCAAAUUUUUGUCCAAAAUGAAAUCAACGGUUAUUUUGUUCAUUAUUGCUUUGUGCAUUGUUUGCAGCGAAGGAAUAUUCUGGAAAUUUUGCUCAUCAAACAAAGAUUGCCAUGGAGGCUGUUGUGUUAAAUUCGGGUUUUUUGGAAAAUGCAAAUCUUACGUAAAAGAAGGUGGACUCUGCGGUCUUAGCCAAGCACUUGCAUGUGGUUGCGAACCAGGACUUGACUGCGAGAAAGUAAGAGGAACUAUUACAGGAUUGAUUAGGAAAUGUGUUGACAACUCCGGAAGUGGUUCUUUGUAUUAAUUAAAUGUACCUUUUUCAAAAAAUAUAUACAUAAUUAUUUUAUUCAAAAUUGUUUGUAUAUUAUUGUAUUGUACUUUUUACUUUGCAUUUAUUUUGAUGUGUAAAUAUGGUAGAUUAUUUGCCUCCAAAA